GCGCGGUAUGACACUUCCUUCUGUUUUGCUUGCGCACGUACGAGAAGGUCUGGACUGUCAAAUCCCUUUCGUGCUAAUGCAAUUACCAAUUAGAAAAGUAUCAGCAAUAUUAUUAGUGCUGGCGGUUUUGCAGUAUAAGUCAGUCGAUCACUUUUAGCAUGAUUGUUUUAUCCCUUUUUGCAUUAAUUUUAGUGAACGGACUCCGUACUGCUUCUUCAGUGAAGGCAGCUGCGGCAGUUCCAAGACAAAGUGAAGCAGAUUGGCCGUCGUCCAACGCAUCCGCCAUAGGAUGGGGCUCCGCCAGCGAUGGCACGGUUAUACUCGACAACGACGCUCAGGCAUCGCACAACUCUCACGACGGGAACUUUGAGGGAUUUAGCACCAGCAACAGCUAUCACUUUGGCAAAAAUGGCAGCGUUGCUGCACUAGCAUCAUCUAGUUCGGGCGGCGGCAGUCCUUUUGCCUGGACCCACCCGGAAGACUGGUUAAUAUAUCCCGGCGCAGCAGCCGCAAGUGGCGGCGAUGCUUGGCAAGGGAUAUUGCACAAUCUGGACAAUGCCACCGUCGCCAUACUACAGCACUAUUUGGGACACGGAAAUUCCAAAAUUAAUGCUACCGGCACGAAUAUCAAUUUGCACUCAUCGGCCAAUGCCAGUACAAUAGUUGUGCAAAAUCCAAAGGCUAUCAUCACAUCGGAAAAGCACCCUCUGGUCUCCACCAGGGCUCCGGCAAAUCUUGGAUGCCGAGCGAAAUCUUGCUGGCAUACAUCGAAGCCGGCCAGUAGAGCUAUCUCCGCAAUCAUCCCGACUAAGAGAUUCGAGGUCAAGGUCAAGAAAUGUGCCUAAUUUGGCGCCUCGUUCAGUGCAAUUUUGACAGCCAACGUGCGAUCUCGAAACACCCAACAUUAGAGAGGAGUUCCUUUAAGCAAAUUUACAAUUGUUGUUAUAAAUCUGUUCCUGCGUUUAGUUUGUGAUUGGAGCUAUGAAUUUUAAGCGAAUUAUAACUCUUUCUAUUGUAAUAGAACAAAAUAAUUCGUAAAAGUCUUUCUGAUGUCCUUGUAGAU